AUGAAUAUCAGUCAGUCGGUGUUGCAGUCCGUGGCGGCCACUCUAAAGGGCAAAUCAUACAGCCAGUUGGAGGCCCUGGAACGCCAGGUUAACAUUCACAGUUUUGAUACUAAUUUCUCUCUUGCUUGCCUAGUCUUCAGUACACCCUGUUUAAGUUAGUUUGUCUCUGCCAUACCUAGCUCGGCGAUAUGCUGAAAACCUGUCGAUCUACCUCUAGACUUCCGCAGUAUCUAACUUAAUUCGGUUUUGCACCCACCGUGUCCUGAUGGCAAUGAACAUUCGGCAAGACUAAAUGUGGGCCCAGUGACUAAUAUUCCUAGACCAAAAUUAAUAUACACAAUGCACGCGCAAAUCCCUGCACGCUUAUGAUCCAGAUUUCAACAAAAGGGUCUCAGGAGUCAUUUUAGCCAGGCGCUCAGUCUUGGGAAGUAUCGCAUUAUACGUUAGUUUGCAACCUUCUAGUCGCGACGCUUAGCGCGUUCGAUUUAUUACAGCUAGGAACUAAUCACUAGAUCCGGUUUGUGACUCCUCUAUCAUAUCAAUGGGAAGUCCGCGUUAACAGCCAAAAAACUAACUUAUUUACAAUACAUAGAUGUUUUGGCAGAUUUUGAAUAAUUCAUAUUGGCCCAACUGUGAAAAACUCGGCGCCUCGGUAGGAGUCGAACCCACACAGAAAGGGGAAGGCUUUGGUACAGCCAACGCUCUAACCACUUUAGCUAUGAGGCCCCGCCGGACGACGCGAGUUUAAACACAUUUGGGUUAAGUUACCCGCCCAACCUACUGCAACGUCUGGAAUCCACCAAAUCUGAUACAGGAUUUCCUAAGUAAUUCACCUAGAAUCCACCAGAUGACUACCAGGCUCACGUAGUUCAUGCGUAUUUUGGCAGAUUUUUAAUAAUUCCUCUAUGAAUUACGUAAGCCUCGUAGCCAUCUGGUGUAUUCUAGGUGAGUUACUUAGGAAAUCCUGCCUGGGCAGCCAAUUUACUGUAUCAGAUUAGGUGGAUUCCAAACGUUGCAGUAGGUUGGGCGGGUAACUUAAGCCAAAUGUGUUUAAACUCGCGUCGUCCGGCGGGGCCUCAUAGCUAAAGUGGUUAGAACGUUGGCUGUACUAAAGCCUUCCCCUUGCUGUCGUGGGUUCGAAUCCCACCGAGACGCCGAGUUUUUCACAGUUGGGUCAAUAUGAAUUACUUCUAAUAGCUUAUAUGGCGUGAAAAGUAGCGUACGGCAUCACGGGUUACGGCUAUACAUGCUGCCCUGUCGGGAUCUAGUCCCUCGGCGGUAGAUGCUCAAGGUGCGGAGCAGGGAAAUGAAAAAAAUUCGCCUCCGAAUAAACACGACGCAGUGCCAAUGAAACUCUUAUACAUGCCAUGCAACACAGUGGCGUUAGCUGGCGUCUGCGACAAGAGGCCUGUCUGACUAGUAGUUGAGUUCUGUAAUGAAACGCUGGGCUCCUCAGAAACGACAGUUGUCAAAACUGUAGAGUUGUCGCAGCUCAAUGUGUCAAGGCUUUGUAACCCUCACCACAAUUGACCAGAUUUUCGAGGCGCACUAACUAAAGUUACAAACAACAGCAAGUAUUUACAUUCGACAACUACUUAGUCGCGCUGUUUUUAUGUAGGCAAUCAACGUAACAAGGAGACUGGUGUAGGUAUAUUUUUGCUCAGCCGACUAAUGUGAUGGAUGCGUCUGUUACGAUAGCAAGCUAUUUAAAAACGCGCUUGAGUAGUUUACACGCAGUCAUUUAACCAUGUUUCGUCCUUGGUCGUUUUCAUCUUUUUUAAGUUCGCCUAUUUAAUGAUAAUCUCCAACGAUAAAGGAUAAGAGCUUUCAGCAUCUGUGUGCGGUCCCUUGCGAAAGUUUGCGCAAUCUUUUGACCUACUAUUUUAAUCCUUCCUGGGCUAGAAUUAAAUAUCCGCGGGCUUUUCAAGCUAUCUUUAUGUGGUACAUCGGACUUCCUCAGCACAGUCUUUCGGCUUAUCUUAAAAUUCUGGAUUUUGAUUUCAGCUGAGGUGUAAGCCUAUUGGAAGCUUCUAUAUCGCUUGGAAAUCUCUUUGAACUAACCGAUCAGUAUUGGCGCAAGCCUCGUUAUCAGUGAAAUCAACCCACAUCCUAUUUAAUUCUCCGCGUCAUUCACUCGUGAGCUAACCUUAGCCUAAUCCAGUUUCUCCUCUGUUUUCCUUUAUUGUCGUUUUUGCUUCCUUGUUGGCUCUUGGAAAACGUUUCUCCGCUCAAAGGCUAAAAAUGAGGAGUUUGUGGAACUAAUGACUGCAGCGAAUGCGACAUAUUAUACUUACACUCAAAAGAUCAUGAAUAAGGCAAUGAGAAAACUGCUAUUUUGCAUUAAGAUUUUGCCACUGUCUUCAGGAAGGGUGAUUGUGCAACGGUUGGGCAUCAAACGCGGGCGACCGAAAAGUUCUCAACGUGAUUUGCGCUGUUUUAAAUUUCAAAGGAGUCUUCAAAAAAUACUAAAGUUCUCGAUUUGUUCUGCAGCACACAGUUUGUGAUAUGCUGUUGUACAUUGAUGUUGAUCCAGCUUUCGAUUCCCCUCUCGAUAGAGCGUACAUUCUUUGACUGACUUUACUCAAAUCUGCGUCCCUUCGUUGGGCUUUGUGGCGUUGUCAAAUGUAAUUUUACAGACUGCACGAUGUAAUACGUCCACCGGCACGUGACACUUUAUUUUCCCUCGGUGUUGGCACGUAAACUGCGAAUAGCACACUCAAGCCCGGGAUAUUGGUACACUGACAUGGCGGGAACCUUGACAGACAUGCAGCAUCAUGACAAGUAGUGUAUUUGAAAGUGCUUUACAUUCGCAUAAAACACUUAAAUAUCGAGCUAACAUGUCACAAGCUUGAACGCCUUCACAGUAGUCCCUUCCAACUUGGCAUACCAUCAUGUAAUACUGUCGUCCUCUCUUUUUCACGAUUACAUGUAAUGCACCUCGGUCUGUUUCACCUCCCAGUCGCCCUGCCGACUCUUUGUCUAAAGCACUACUUCAACUCUAUGAACACUAUUCAUAGGCACAUCUCCUUCUAGUACUUCUUUUGGAUGUGAUCCGUCCUGACUAGUAGCAGAUUCCUUUCACCGGUAAGGAGCCCGUUUAAUGUAAAUUCACUAGAACUACCGUGCUUCGCAUGGAAAAUCGACAAAAUAUGGGUGAUUUGAUAUCAUUUUACUAAGACUGGGUUUAAUCAGUCACCUAUUGUGUUGGGAAGGUUAAUAAAAACUACUGCGAAAAAUCAGUCGUCAAUGCGCCCAGAUAGGAGGCCUAAGUAUAAGUGUGCCUUGACACGCGUCUGUUCUGCUCGCCUGCUUGGCAGAAAAGACUUGCCUGUGCUUUUUACGAAGUAGUACUGACAGCAUUUCAGUACAACUUCAUUUUAUCCGUUAUUCGACUCUGCCACAUUAGAUACAGCCUAAACUGAAGGGUGGUGAGGGUGUGGACGUUGCCUACUGGGAAACCCUUUCCCAAUUCGUGGCGGCACAGAUGGCUCGCACUAGACUGCGUGAACGUCACCAGGAGAAUCUUAGACGCAAGCUGGCUUACCUGCAACAGGUCCAGGGCAUCACCUCAGAGCCUAUCUUCCCCAGUGGCAGCUACAGUGGUGGUGGCGGUGGUGACAGCAACAGCACUGCCGAUCAGAUGGUGGAGCGCAUCCUCGAGCUGGAGUCCACCGUGCGCGAGAAGGCUGAACAACAGAUGUCUGACGCCAAGGCUGUUGACGAGGACGACAGUAAUAUGUUUAAACGGCCAACCGAACCGGAGCCUUCAGUGUCCUCCAGUUCCGCGGUUGAGGGGUCAGCGGCUCCCUCUGCCGAACCAGAAGUCAUUGUCGCCGAUCCCUAUGAUUCAGCUCUCUACUCACCCAAAUUGCUGGAACAGGCAGAUAUUGAAAUAGACGCGGUCAUUUAUGAUGCGCAUGAUGACGUUGCGAAGCUCGAGUAUCAGGUGAGAGGUUAUAUGCCCUGAAGUUUCUUUGUGGUUAUGUUUGGUAACCUAGGCCGUAGUAGCAAUAGUAGUAGUAGUAGUAGUAGUAGUAGUAGUAGUAGUAGUAGUAAUAGUAGUAGUAGUAGUAGUAGUAGUAGUAGUAGUAGUAGUAGUAGUAGCAGUAGUAGUAGUAGUAGUAGCAGCAGCAGCAGCAGUAGUAGUAGUAGUAGUAGUGGUGGUAGUAGUAGUAGUAGUAGUGCUGUUUCCGGUCUUUCCGCUCGCGUCAUCCUUCCCUUUUCUUUUCUCUACUCACCCUCUCCUAAGUCAGUCUUGUCCUCACGGACAGAUCGGCAUUGAUUCUGAUCCUUACACUUAGCAUGUAUCCCGGAUGCUGGUUAGAAGCUAGCCUGAGCCAUUAAAAACUGGCGACUUCAAAGGAACCAGCAUCUUAUAUAUUUUAUCUGAGUUAAUUAGUUAUCAACGUGGCCUAGACCUACGUUAAAAGGCGGAAUUACAGAAUGGCAUUCCAAUAUUCUUGACUACUACACCGUCGAUGCCUACGACAGUGUGCAGUACAUGGUUGCGUGUUUUUAUGCCAUUUAUUCGCUGUAUCAGUGAGACACCCGUCUACCUAAUCUCUGUUCAGACUAUAAGCCCAUUACGAUCAUAUUUUACUUGAUGCCGCAUGGUAGCCACCCGCUAAGAUUUUAGAGGCAAGCUUUUGAUAAGAAAGCAGUUCACUACUGUCCCACAUUAUUUGUACUACAUUGAGUUCUGACUAGGUUUUUCAAAUAACUAUGUAGCAGCGCAAGUGGUCUUCCUAAUUCAUUCGGGUAUUGUGACUUUCCAGCACCCACUUCAGAAGGGUUUUAUUCUCCCCCCUCUCACCACAUCCCGAUAGUUUAUUUCUGAAUUCCUGGCAGUUCACGUUUUUUCGUCAUACCAUCGUUCGCACCCGAAUUAGCCCUGAAUUUUACACGGACUCGGACUUCCAAUGUUGAAAUGAACAUGCUAUAGAAAAACUAAGCAUGCAACACGAACAUGGUCGGAGCUUCCCUACGCAGCCACAAAUCAAACUGCAUGUUCACAAGACUUUGUUCAAAACCAACAUUCUGUAGGAUAAGAAUGUGCGCAGAAGGUAUACAUCCACCGAAGGUAUUCGAUUCUCAUGUUUGCCCCCCCCCGCUUCUCCAAAUUCAUCUCACCCACCGAGUCUCAAACGAUAUAGCCGGUCAGGAUUGAGGUCACUCAGUCAUGUGUCGCGCUGAACUUGAAUGCGAAGUCUUCCGGAAUGCCAUCCUGCCGAACUCAACCCUGAUUGGUAACAACGGCGGGAUGAUCAAUUAAAGACGUAUGUGAACGGUCUAAAGGCUUAUCUGCUGUACGUCGAUGGCUGUGGGGUCUGGGGGGGGGGGGGGCGACGUACCAACCAGCCCAACUUUUCGUGGGAGUCUUCCACCGACUGACUGCAGUAGAGGACAAUCAUUUGCGGUUCGAUAGACUUUUGACACGCUUCUAACUUUACAAGUCAUGCCGAAUACCGUCACACGUAUGGAUAUUGAGUACACAUAAGGGGACUUCUUUCGACUCGUACACGCAGCUUCAGAGCACCGUUGUUUUGAAUGGUGCUAACAGAUCACGUAAUCUGGCUACCUCCUUAGUCGGUACUUCCUUCCCAAUACCAUGACCACAUCUGCUAUUGACAGUUAAUUUGGCUUUGCCUUCCGUCACCCUUAAAUGUGCAACAUAACUCGCGGUUAGGCUUACACACGAAACACCAGCUUGUGUAAUUGGUCAGAUAUGUAAACAUGCCGUUUGACUGAUUCUUUCGCGUAUUUCUCCCAUUCAAACUCGCCGUAAGUGAACAAAGGCAGGUAAUCAGGCUGAGAACUUAAUUAGACGAAAGAGGACCCCUACUGCGCUACUAAGUAGGCACAUAUUUUUACACGGCACUGAAGAUUCACAUGUUUAGGUCAGGACUUAUGGCAACAAAAAAAAAACUUCUCAAAGUUAUCGGCAAGCGUUCACCGCGCCUGUUUUCACUUCCUUCGAAGUCUCUCUUCCAUGGCUGUCUUGAUGAGGAGCGGCUCCAACUGGGGGCAACUAUUUGUCGGGUCCCUGAUGCUGACCCGAGCUUUUGUCUUUGUACUGGUCGGCUCGAAUAACGAGUGAAUGUGGUGGCCAGAAAGCUGUCUCUUAUCCGAAGCCCCUCCUAACAGGCCGUUCGACACAGAGGUCUCACCUACUUUUUUAGGUCGAUCAUUCUUAAAGAGUUCAAACGAGUCAGUAGAAUCUAGUCUGGAUAACUGAAGUAGUCUUCUAAGUGUCUGUCCACGCAUGCUCCUAAACAUUUGCAAACCUGUCCGAAAAGCGGCCUCUGGUUUGACAUCUCUGACUUUGCACAGAUUUCACAACAGACCUCUUUCCUUACAGCGCCAGGAUGUCCGUCACACUGGUGCCUUGCGACGCAGUGCCGAAGAGGAGAUGCUGAAACGUGCACGUGCAGGCAUCGAGGAAGGUGACUCUGAAUUCAGCCUUCAGGUGAGCUUCCAGCUACCUUUCCCCUGUUAUCUUUUUGAAUCCCAGCCUUGUUGUCGGCAUACAUCGCGUAAUUUUUUUACAGCUGCAUAAUGUAUCUGAGGCAGCACAUCAUUUUCCGUUAUCUGACCACUGAACAGUUCUUAAGCGCGGAAUUUGUCUGACUCGAUGCGAAGUGGCCCCAUAGUUAGCUAGAAAUAGUUUGCAUCCAUAGCUGUUUUUUAUUAUUUACGGUGCAAAACAGUCCUUUCGGAGCUCGCCAAUGUCAAUUGAUGAGACCAACAAUGGUUGGUGUAUCUAAGACGCAGACAUCAGAAUCAGUGACCAGAGGCUUUGUGUGGCUGACGGUAAUGAUGACGGGUGCAUGUUUAUCUCAAAUCAUAAUUUUCCAUCCUUUCGCAAUCUUCAGGUUCCUCUUGAGGAUCAAUCCUUCCUGUGGUCAGAUAAAUAUCGUCCAAGAAAACCGCGCUUCUUCAACCGCGUGCACACGGGCUUUGUCUGGAACAAAUACAACCAGACUCAUUACGACCUGGACAACCCACCACCCAAGAUCGUCCAGGGUUACAAGUUCAAUAUAUUUUAUCCCGACUUGAUAGACAAAACCAAGGCGCCCACAUACACUCUUACACCGUGUGCAGAUGAACCGGACUUUGCCGUCCUGCGCUUUGUUGCUGGGCCACCCUACGAGGAUAUUGCCUUCAAGAUUGUCAAUCGCGAGUGGGAGUACUCCUAUAAACACGGAUUCCGUUGCCAGUUUCACAAUACGAUUUUCCAGUUGUGGUUUCAUUUUAAACGGUUCCGUUAUCGUAGAUAG